GUCUUAUAAACUAAUGUACUCAUUGGCCUCAAUUGUCUGGCCUCAUGUCUCUUACUCUUCAUCUCAUGGCUUCUAAGCCAGUUCUAUACUCGCUGCUUGUUUUCCUACUUUCUCUCGUUGCAUAUGCCCAAAGAAAUGAGUCCGUUGUCAUACCGGGUUCUUCACUUUCCCCCAGCUUAAACCGUACUUCAUGGCUCUCACCUUCCGGCCGUUUUGCAUUCGGUUUCUAUCCCCAAGGCGAUCUUUUUACAAUCGGAAUAUGGCUGAUUCAUCAAACCGAAAAGACAAUCAUUUGGACUGCAAAUCGAGAUGACCCACCUGUCUCCGCAGAUGCUACACUCAAGUUUACUAAAAGUGGUACGUUACAGCUUCGUACUGAGGCCGAUGUUGAAAAAACCAUUUCUGAUGCGUCUGAACCCGCAGCUUCAGCUGCUAUGCUUGAUUCCGGUAAUUUUGUGCUUUAUAAGAAUGAUUCUUCUAUUAUUUGGGAAACUUUUGAUUUUCCAACUGACACCAUAUUAGGAGGUCAGAAUCUGUCUAUGGGCAAAAGUUUGGUUUCGAGUGUGUCUGAAUUAGACCAAUCGAGUGGACGAUUUUCUCUUAAUAUGCAGGGUGACGGAAACCUUGUUGCCUACCCUGUUAACAGCUCAAAUCAACCAGACGACGCAUAUUGGUCUAGUAGGACAAAUAGUGGGGUGGGGGAUCUGCUCGCGCUUAGUCCUCAAGGUGUUCUAGCAAUCCUUCACGCCGAAAAAGUUCUGGCAAGUAGCUCAUAUCCUCAUAAUAAUAAUGGAAGCAUUAUCCACCGAUUAACACUUGAUGCAGAUGGGAUCGUUAGAUUGUAUGCUCACCACUUUGAUAGAGAUAAUAACUCAAGUAUGUUCAUGGAAUGGUCCAGCCUUCCCAACCAAUGUCAAGUCAAAGGCUUCUGUGGACUCAAUAGUUACUGCUCAGUCACGGCCAACAAAACUGACUGUACCUGCUAUCCUGGAUUUGAUUUCGUUAACCCCGGCAGUAAGUUCCUGGGCUGCUACCGGAACUUCACUGACGAUGAUUGCAUACGCAGUGAAGAUUCCAUGGUGCUGUAUGGAAUGGUUGGUUUGGAGAAUAUGUGGUGGGGCGAUUACAGUUACUCGGUGGUAGCAGCGAUGGAGGAAGAUUGUAGCAACUCCUGCUCGAAGGAUUGUAAUUGUGGGGCCGUAUUGUUUAGAAAUAACAUUUGCUCCAAAUUUAAGCUCCCACUUAGAUACGGUAGAGUAGAUAAAGACAAAUCCGCCCAGAAGGCCUUCUUCAAGGUAAUCGCGAGAAAGAUCCUUACCGACCUUCCAGGUCCAUCAGAUCCAAACGUACGAGUAGUGACCGAUGGCAAGAGUGGCCUGGUUUUGAUUCUUGCUACAUGUUUGGGUUUCAUUUCGUGCUUGUGUUUCAUCUUUGCUGUCUAUAGUUUCUUGAGAUACAAGCAUCAAGUUAGGAGGUAUAAGAGGUUGUCAGAAAAUGCAAAUUUAGGGUUGAGUGACGACUUUACUCUGCGAUCGUUUUCAUACGAUGAGCUUGAGAAAGCAACUGGUGGCUUCAAGGAUGAGUUAGGCAGGGGCUCUUUUGGGGCUGUUUAUAAAGGGACUAUAUCUGGAGGUGACAAAACUAUUGCUGUUAAAAGAGUCGAGAAAAUUGCGGAAGAAGGUCAAAGGGAAUUUCAAGCUGAAAUGGCUGCAAUUGCACGAACUCAUCACAGAAACUUGGUUCGAUUGCUUGGUUUUUGUAUUGAGGGCUCUAGGAAGCUUCUUGUUUAUGAAUUCAUGAGCAAUGGCUCACUUGCAGAUCUUCUCUUCAAGGCUGCGAUACAUCCCGUAUGGAAACAGAGAGUAAAAAUUGCACUUGAUGUUGCCAGAGGAAUCCUCUAUCUGCAUGAAGAGUGUGGAGUCUACAUCAUCCACUGUAAUAUAAAGCCGCAGAACAUACUCAUGGACGAUACAUGGACGGCAAAGAUAUCUGAUUUUGGGUUGGCAAAGCUAUUGCUGCCAAAUCAGUUGUCAAGAAAAACAAUUUGGGGUGAACGGGCAACCGAGUUUUCCUACUUUGCACCCGAAUGGCAAAAGAAUGCCUUGAUUUCAGUAAAAUCAGACAUAUACAGUUUUGGGGUCGUGCUUUUGGAGAUUGUAUGUUGUAGAAGAAGUAUAGAACUAAACGCCCCAAUAGCAGAUGAGAUAGUUCUAUCUAGUUGGGUGUAUAAUCGCUUUGUGGCUGGAGAGUUGGAUAAGCUUGUGGAAGAUGAAAAUGUUGACUUCAAAACACUGGAAAGAAUGGUGAAGGUGGGGUUAUGGUGCAUUCAAGAAGAUCCAGCUUUGCGUCCAUCAAUGAAGAAUGUGAUCUUGAUGUUGGAAGGGACGAUGGAUAUUCCAGUCCCACCAUCUCCAGUUGUUUCCGACGUUGACGUUCCAUGAAAUUAUUUUCUUUCUGCUAAUUUAUAAAGCUUGUUGUAAUCAAUCUAUUGUAUGCAUAAAAUUACUUUCAGUCUCUCAACUUUUUCUAU